ACUAUACACGACACUAUACACUACACUAUACACUAGUGCUGUACUAGUAUACUACGCUAGACACUACACUAUACACUACACUAUACACGACACUAUACACUACACUAUACACUAGUGCUGUACUAGUAUACUACACUAUACACUCGUGCAGGAGGGGGUAGGCUGGGUAGAGGCCACGUGCCCAGUCUUGUACCGCAUCUUGCCAUUGCUGUGCAGAUUCCGGGGCUCCCCCCACUCGGCUAUGCAGAUUCUAGGGCCACAGGGGCCGUUGCUAUUCACGUUCCGGGGUCUCUCCCACCCCCAGCCCCCACUCAUCCACCGCUCCACGCUCCCUCGCUCCGUCUCCUCCACGGAGGUGACGUGACGGAGCAACGGAGGCCGCAGGAGGAGAUCCUCCCGGCCGUGAGAUGUCGCGUCGUAGAGGAGUUGAUGAGCCACGGAGACACCCUGGCGCUGCCGCCGCUACCGGAGACGUGGAAGAGGAUGAGGAGGAGGAGGUGGAGUCCCCUUCUCUGCCCGUGGAGCUGCUCGUGAAGCGAGAGGAAGAGGAGGCGGAGGAGGGCGACGAGGGGAAGCCGUCAGCGCCCCCCGAGCACGACGCGGCGGCCAGCGCCGGGCGCCCACUGCUCGUCAAAGAGGAGGAGAGCGGCUGGACACGGCGGUGCGGGGGGGCGAGGGCGGUGGUGGUGGGCACGGCCUCGGCGUGGGGCGGCGGCGGUGGGCACGGCGGCGGUGGUGGUGGUGGCGCUCCGGCGACAAUGGACGGAGACCGCCGGAGCGACGGUUCGCCCCCUCCGGGCCGGCGUGGGCGACGCCCGGAGGCAGGCGGAGGUGGCGGAGAUCGAGGUGGUCUUGGAGGAGGAGGACGGAACACGCCGAGCGACGGUUCCCGGUGCGGCCUCGGAGGCGUCGCCACCGGACGCGGCGACGGUCGGCAUCCCCAACGCCCCCAAUGGAUCGCACCAAUCGGGCAUCCAGUGGGCUCGCGAGGCGAUCCUGCUCCUCAUCGACACGUACCGCCGCCACCGGGGGGACUUCGAGUCACCCCUGGUGAAGAAAGUGGACGUCUGGAGACGGAUCUCCAGCGUCAUGGCCGCAAGCGGCUACACCUACAACCCGGACCAGUGCGAUAAGAAGAUGCGGGCGCUAAAGUUCAGGUACAAGACGAUCCGGGACAAUGUGGGCAAGGCGACGGCACGCGGCCGCUCUUCCUGGGAGUUCUUCGACCUCGUGCGGGACCUCGUGGGUUCAGCGCCUCACCGCGGUGGUGGGGCGGCAGCGGCGGCACAAGCGGCAGCGGUGGCGGUGACCUCGGCGCCACCGCCCAAAGCACGCAAAGUUCGUUCAGACGACGACGACGACGCCGCCGUGCCUCCCGGGAGCUCUGCGCCCAACGUCGCUGGGACGUCGCCUCUUCUUCCUCCUCCGCCUCCUCCUCCUCUGCCUCCUCUUCCUCCACAUCCCGGCAACAACGUAGCGGCGGCGUCGCCAUCAUCGUUCGACCGUCGGAGGAAACGGAAGAGAGGAGGUGGAGGAGGAGCUGGGGAGCCGGUAGAUGAUGGACCCCCGCCGAGGUGGUUCCGGGAGUUUGCGAGGUCGCAGGACGAGGCGAUGAGGGAGUUGAUGAGCAUCCAGCGGGAGGCGCUGAGGGUCGCCCGCGACAGGAACGACCUCCUCCGCUCGUUCACCGACCUGCUGAAGGAAUCUCUGAAGAAGUAAACGAAUAAAUGUAAUGUCUGUUGCCGCGGUUCUAACUUAACGAUUAAACUCACCCAUUUAUGUUA